AUGUAUAGAUAUGGUGUUGAAUGUCUAUUUCGAUUUUAUACAUAUGGUAUAGAAAAACAUUUUCGUCAACAUGUAUUUGAAAAUUUUCAACAAGAAAUUCUUGGUGAUCAUGAAGCUGAUCAAUUAUAUGGUUUAGAAAAAUUCUGGACAUUUUUUAAAUAUUCUCGACAAAAACCAAAAAUCAAUCCAAAACUUGAAGAAAUUUUAAAAAACUAUAAAAAUCUUGAAGAUUUUCGUGUUGAUGGUGCAUCAUUUCCACAACAAUUUUUUUCAACAAAAUCAAAUUAUACACCCGAAGCAAUUGCUGCUACAGUAGCAAAGAACAGUGAUAUAUCGAAUUCAUUAAAACCCAAUGGUGAACAUUUUCUGACACGUAAUAACCGUGGUCAAGCUCGACAAUCGAAUCGAUGA